AUGCCUGCCAUUACUCCAGCAGAGCUUUCAAAACUCCAAAAGAAUACUAAAAAUAUCAGAAAUAUUUGUAUUUUGGCCCAUGUUGACCAUGGCAAAACAACAUUAUCCGAUUCACUUUUAGCAACCAAUGGUAUCAUUUCUUCAAAAAUGGCAGGCAAAGUCAGAUAUCUCGAUUCUCGAGAAGACGAACAAGAAAGAGGAAUUACAAUGGAAUCGAGUGCGAUCAGUUUAUAUUUCAAACUUGUCAGAACCAUCAGUAAUAGUGAAGAACCGCAGCAAAAAACAAUUGAAAGUCAAUAUCUCAUCAAUCUAAUUGACUCGCCCGGUCACGUUGACUUUUCUACAGAGGUUUCUACGGCCUCACGUUUAUGCGAUGGUGGUCUUGUACUAAUAGAUGUGGUAGAAGGCGUUUGUACGCAGACUAUCUCUGUGUUGCGUCAAGCAUGGGUCGAUAAAGUGAAGCCAAUUUUAGUAUUUAACAAAAUGGAUAGACUGAUAGUGGAGUUACAAAUGACGCCGCAUGAAGCUUAUAUUCAUAUCAACAAGAUCCUAGAACAAGUAAAUGCAGUGAUGGCUACGUUUUUCACAGGCGAUCUAAUGGAAGAUGAAGCACGAAAGUUGACAGCAGCAGCUAAGGAGAGAAAAGAGGAAGAGGAAGACGAAGUAUUUGACACUAAUAAAGUCUAUGACUGGAGCAUGGAGGAACGCGAUGAUUCUCACAUUUAUUUUGAUCCGGCCAAAGGAAAUGUUAUUUUUGCAAGUGCAGUGGAUGGCUGGGCUUUCAGGGUGCAACAAUUUGCUUCUAUUUACGCAAAAAAACUAGGCUUCAAAGAGCAGGUUCUACAGAAAUGCUUGUGGGGUGAAUAUUAUUUCGACCCAAAAAACAAGCGAGUCAUUCCACCAAAACUAUUGAAAGGAAGAAAUCUAAAACCAAUGUUUGUUCAGUUUGUUCUUGAAAAUAUAUGGGCUGUCUAUGGCAGUGUCGUUGUUCAACCGGACCGUGAACGCGUCGAAAAGAUUGUUAAUGCAUUAAAUAUCAAAGUUUUACCAAGAGAUUUACGCUCUCGUGAUCCUCAAAUUCUCCUUAGCGCUAUCUUUUCACAAUGGCUGCCUUUGUCCACUUGUAUAUUGUUAGCUAUCAUUGGGCAACUACCACCACCCAUAGACGCUCAAGCUCAGCGAAUCUCGAAAAUGUUGCAUCCAAACGUCCAGCAAAACGACAACGAACCAAUAGAGCCUACCAAUGAAGUAGAAAGGGCCCUCUACGCUUGUGAUGCAUCUGAAUCAGCUCCAGCUGUAGCCUAUGUCAGCAAAAUGUUUGCCGUUCCCGUUGCUCUUCUACCGGAGAAUCGUCGUACGCAAAUGACCGUUGAAGAAUUACGAGAAAGGGGUAGACAACAACGUGCAUUAAGAGCUGCUCGUGCACAGCUCGAGCAGUCAGGUGAAGGGAUUCCAUUAGACCAAUUAAAUAAACUACAACUGGAAGAAGAAGAAGCAGAAUUAAGUCAUGCAGAAGGUGAACAAGAAAAGGACCUUACAGGUGAACGCUUGAUUGGUUUCGCUCGUCUUUAUAGCGGUACAAUUCGUGUGGGGCAAAAAUUGUAUGUGAUGGGACCAAAGUAUGAUCCCGAGCAUCCUAAUGAGCACGUCUCAGAGAUUACAGUCAAGAAUUUGUAUUUGAUAAUGGGACGUGAUUUGGAAGCUUUGGAUCAAGUAAGUGCUGGUAAUGUAUUCGGUAUUGGUGGGCUAGAAGGCCAUAUUUUAAAAAACGGUACUUUGGCCAGCACGUUGGAAAAUGUGCGUAACAUGGCUGGCGUUAAAAUGGACACAGCUCCCAUUGUUCGUGUUGCUUUGGAGCCUGAGGAUCCUACAGAAAUGGAUAAGCUUGUGGAAGGCCUUCGUCUUCUGAACCAAGCUGAUCCUUGUGUUGAAGUCUUACUUCAAGAAACUGGCGAACAUGUCAUUCUAACAGCUGGUGAACUGCAUCUUGAAAGAUGCCUACGUGAUUUGAAGGAGCGUUUUGCCAAAAUUGACAUUCACGUGUCUGACCCUAUUGUGCCCUUCAGAGAAAGUAUUGUACGGGGCGAACUUCCGAUAAAUAAAGAAAAGGAAGGAAUCAUGGUGCCGCGAGGUUUGUCUGAGAUAAAGUUGAGUUCAAAGUUUUUGACUCUCAAGAUUCAAGCCGUUCCCUUACCUGCUCGCGUAACUGAGUUCUUAUUGAAGCACACAGCUUCUAUUAAGGUCAUUGUGGAUGAAAAAUUGGCCAAAAAGUCACAAAAGCCUGACGAAAUGGAAGAUACAAUGCAUCAUCAACAAUCAGAAGCCCCUGUCAGCAUGAAUCAACUCUUAUCUCCCAAAGAAUUAGAAAAUGCAUUACGAGAAGAAUUUGCUCAAGCAAGAAAAGAAGGUGGUCCCUUUGCUCAUUAUUGGGAAGAGAACAUUGUGGAUCAAAUUUGGGCGUUUGGUCCUCGACGUGUUGGUUCUAAUAUGUUAAUUAAUCGCAUUCCUGGAUACGUUCGAAAGCCAUUCUUUCAGGUUGAUUCUAAUAGAAAUUUAGAGUUCUAUCCAGAGCAUGCAGAUGAAGUUAUUAAGGUUACAGAGGAACAGCAGGCUAGUGAAUUGUCCAUUUUGGAUAUUGAUUUCAACAUUCAAACAGGGUUCCAGUUGUCAACGUUGGCAGGUCCCUUGUGCGCAGAACCAAUGACGGGUGUCUGCUAUAUUGUUCAAGGCGUUGAGUUUCACCCUGAAGAAUUCUUUACGCAAAAUGGAGAAUCCGUUGAUGUUCGAUCAAGACUCCACAUUAUUCAAGGACAAGUAAUCGCCGCAGCUAAAGAAGCGUAUAGACAAGGAUUUUUGGAUUGGUCCCCUCGCCUGUUGUUGGCCAUGUAUGCUUGCGACAUUCAAGCUUCUGCGGAGGUUUUGGGUCGUGUGUACGGUGUAAUUUCAAAGAGAAAGGGUAAAAUUGUUUCAGAAGACUUGAAAGAAGGUACCUCCUUCUGGCAUAUCAAAGCAUCGUUGCCUGUUAUUGAAAGCUUUGGAUUUUCUGAUGAAAUUCGAAAGAGAACAUCUGGUGCAGCUAGUCCUCAGCUUGUCUUUAGCGGAUUUGACAUGCUGGAUGAAGAUCCCUUCUGGGUACCAACAACCGAAGAAGAAUUAGAAGACUUGGGUGAAAAAGCUGAUAAAGAAAACUUGGCGAAGAAAUAUAUGGAUACAGUGAGAAAGAGAAAGGGUAUGUUUGUAGAGAAGAAACUGGUUGAACAUGCUGAAAAGCAAAGGACGCUCAAGAAGAAUUAA